AUGCAAGCGAUAAUUGAUGAAGCAGAUAAACCCAAGAAGGGAGGUCAGAACGAACCUCUUGCACCAAAAAGGCGAAAGUUCAAAAAUCCAACUCGCAAGACCAAGUCCCCCACUCUAUCCAAAAUAGAACAUUCACAGUCUGACACUCAAUCAGAAAUUUGUAACGAGGAGGAAGAACCUGUUCGCAACGAGGAGGAAGAACCUGUUCAUAACGAGGAUGAAGAGCUUGUUCAUAAUGAAGGUGUCACAUCUAAUCCUGAGAGCAUUAUUCCUCUAUUUAUUCCUUUAUUUACUAACUCCAUAGCUCCACCAACAACAUCAGAAACACCUCUUGUUUCUGUCAACGCAUAUGAUGCAGGGGCAGGGGCAUCUGGUUUCACAUAUACUCAUAUCUCACCACCCAUUUCCCCACUUAGUGAAGAUGACUCAUAUACGAUUUAUAGGGAUGGUGAAGAUAACUUAGCAGGGUUCACUUUUAUUCCAUUCACCAUUAAGACCGAGAUCAAGUCACUUGUCAAGACUCUCACUAAGGAACACACCACCAAUAUAGAGAAGAUGAAUAAGGCAGUGAAUGACUCUACUGAUGUCUUCAAUAAAACGACCGAAAAAGUCGAUAAACUAAUUUCUGAUGCCAUAGUGUUUAUGAAUAACUUUCAAACAUCUUUUGAAUCCAACACUGCUAAAGCCAAUGAAGCAAUCUCCAAUAUUGGCUCCUCACUCAAAGCAGAAAGGGAAAAACUUCAAGAAGUUCGUGCUGGCAUUACUUCUGAUCAUGAAGAGUUCAAAUCCCCAUUACUUCUCAAAUUUCCAAGCUUCAAGAAGAUCUAG